GAUGACGGCCCGUAUUCGAAAGGCGGCAAAGAUCCGACGGGCAAUGAUGUUGCUUUGGUGUCCCGGCGUCAAAGUAUUCCAGGUGAGAAGAAACAAGACUUAAAGGAUGAGUUUCGGGGAGUCACCAUCGUGGAGCUCAUCAAGAAAGAAGGAAGCACACUGGGCCUGACCAUCUCAGGGGGCACGGACAAAGAUGGCAAGCCUCGAGUGUCCAAUCUGAGGCCGGGAGGCCUGGCAGCAAGGAGUGACCAGCUGAAUAUCGGAGAUUAUAUAAAGUCAGUGAAUGGCAUCAACUUGACAAAACUCCGCCAUGAAGAGAUCAUCAGCUUGCUGAAGAACGUGGGGGAGAGAGUCGUACUGGAGGUGGAGUACGAGCUACCGCCAACCACUCCGGAUAACACUGCGGCAAUCAUCCCAAAGACCCUGGAGAUCACUCUUUGCAAAGAGGGCAAUAGCUUCGGCUUCGUAAUGAGAGGGGGGGCACAAGAAGACUGGCACAAGUCCAGGCCUUUGGUCAUAACCUACGUGAGGCCGGGAGGACCAGCGGACAGGGAAGGGACCUUAAAAGUCGGUGACCGGAUCCUGUGUGUGGAUGGAAUCUCCCUUCACAAUGUUCCCCUCUCGGACGCCCUUACCAUCCUCCGGCAGUGCAGCCAGGAGGCCGUCUUCCAGAUCGAAUAUGAUGUCGCCCUUAUGGACACUGUGACCAACGCUUCAGGACCCCUACUGGUGGAAAUCGCCAAGACCCCUGGCUCCACAUUGGGCAUUUCACUGAGCACGAGCACCCAUCGGAACAAGCAGGUGAUAAUCAUCGACAAGGUUAAGCCGGCCAGCGUGGCGGACAGGUGUGGAGCGCUGCACCCCGGAGAUCACAUCCUGUCCAUCGAUGGCACCAGUACAGAGCAUUGCACGGUGAUGGAGGCCACACAGCUCCUGGCCAGCACCAUGGAGAACGUCAAGCUGGAGAUCUUGCCAGUCCAUCACAGCCGGCUGUCUCUCCGGCCACCAGAGACC